CUGUCCCUCAGUCUUAUCAAUGGAAAACCCCAUCAAGCUCCUCCGAUUUCAUCCGAUAUCCCCAGUUGUAGGAUGCAAGAUUCAUGCAUCAGUUGAUUUUGAGGAUGAUGAUAGAGAAUCUCCCGAAUUGAAGCAUGUUUGGUAUCGAAAGCGGGAGAAUGGAGAAAGGGAGCUGUUGGAGGUCACAGAGUUUUAUACUCCCACGCCACAAGAUGUUGGACUUAGCCUUGAGGUUGAAGUAAUUGGGGCAGGUGUUUCAAACAAUUUUUCUACGACCCCUGUGCUUGAUUACCCUUUGAUUCAUCCUCGUCAGAUGAUUAGAUAUGGCUCAUCAGCUGCAGUGGCUGAUCUGCAAGAAAUGGAUACAUUCACAGUGCUGACAUAUAAUCUGAUGACACAUGUUCCUGGUUCUGCUUCGGAAGAUCUUGGGUGGGCCGCAUCGUGGCAUUAUCGGCAGAAGAGAUUAGUAGAUGAGAUAACAGGAUAUCGUGCUGAUAUCCUUUGUCUUCAAGAAAUCUAUCAGAAUGACUUCCGUACAUGGUUUGAGCCGGAGCUACUAAAAUUUGGAUAUGCAGGAAUAUUCAAGAAGAGAUCUAAUCCAAAUUUGAAGGAUGGAUGUGCGACCUUUUAUUUGAAUAACCGAUUUCGAAACCUAAAUACAUAUGAGAUUGAAUUUGACACACUGGCAGAUGAGGUUGCAAUGAAAUUUGGGACUCCACAGGAGACGGAGGAAGUUAAAAUCCAUCUUUCAACGGGGAAUAUAGCUGUGUGUGUCCUUCUAGAAAAAAUUGAUGGCUCUAAUGGAAAACUUUGCGUGGCAAAUACUCAUAUCUGCCCAAUGUCUCAUCAAAGAGGAGUAUCCCUCUUUCAGAUUGUCAGUUAUGUACAUGAGGUAGAAAAGUUUGCUGCCGAUCCUAAGGUUCCUUUUAUACUAUGUGGAGAUUUCAAUGCUGAUCCUGAAAGUGAUGCUUAUAAAUUUGUAACUGAGGGGAAAUUAGACUUGGAGGCACGUGACCGUAAAUUCACUUAUGUUCAAGUUAAGGGUUAUUCUGAUAUAGAGAAGGCGGUAUUCAAGCAUUUGAAGCCGAAGCGUGGAACCUCCCUUGUAAGUGCUUACGCACAUUUCUUCGGGUCUCUGCCUCCUGGUCAUCCUUAUCGUCAGAAAAAGCAUGAAACAUUGAAUGAGCCUUGCUUCACAUUUCUGAAAUACCCCGUCGAUAAUGUGCUUGAUUACAUAUUUUAUACAGAUGGGUCUCUACAUCAUGAUGGAGUUCUUGAGCUUCCUAAUCUCCGGAAGACUGAUAUUCUUCCUUCGAUUCAUUGGUCAUCAGACCAUAUUGCCUUAAUGGGGCGGUUUAGCUUUAAGGCGGAAGUUUGAUCAGUGAUUGAAUUUGAUGUUUGUUGUAGUUGAAGAAUAUUAUCAAACUAUUGUUGUCUUGCUUGUCUACUUUGGGGCUUCAUUAGGCUCUACCAUUUUGGGAUGAAAGCCUGGUUAUGUGGUUGUGAUUUUUAUUUCCAUUUUGAUUAAACAAAUGAGCUAAUUACAAA